AGCUAUUGGUAUCCUAAUUUCAAUCCUGUUUAAUUGCGGCACGCCAGAACCACCUGUUCGCUGAAGACAAUAGUAUCUGUGAUCAGAGAGUCCGAAAUUUGAAGACAACAAUGGACGAACCGUUACAAAUGAAUGACCUCGUCUGUAGAUCGACCUCCUCUUCCUGUGGCAGCACGAAUACAACGGACUCCAGUCUCGACAACAAGUUGUUGGCGGAUAGCGGGUGCCAGGCUGGAAGAAGUUUUGUUGACGGCAUCAGCAGCGAGAAAGCAGAAGUACACGCUCCAUUUAUUGUGCCUCAAGAAGAGCCUUUAAAAACACCUGGGAUGUCCCGUACAACUAUAUCUACGAGUAGACCUACCUCUCCACAUGUGGAGUCUGUUGUAAGAAAAGACGGUGCCCCGGAAAAACUCUCUCGGACGAACAAAGACGGACAUAACGAAAAAGAUAAAAACAUGGAUACCGCCAAUAAAGAUACGGGGACAGAAAAGGGUAUCGAGUCGAUAGCUACGAGUUUCUUGCAGGCAAACGACACUUCGGAUCUCCGACUGGUAUGUGGAGGUAAACCUCUGUAUGUAUCAAGAAUUGUAUUGUCUAUUGUUUCGCCCGUGCUGAAGCAAAUGUUCGACAGUAGGUCACGAGAACUGAGUGUUAUCGAGAUCCCGUUACCAGGGAAAUCCUUCGACGACAUCUUGGAAUUUCUCUGCUGUGUUUACCCAGAUAAAUUGAAACCAGUGAAUGAAAACAAUGUAAUGAUCCUUCUGGACCUAGCGAUGGAGUAUAAGGUGGCCAGUUUGACACUGCGAUGUGAACAAUACCUUCUUGACGAGUUAAACCGGAACCGGAAAUGCAUAUCUCCAGACAAGUUGGUCAAGACGAUCCAACUGGCAGAUCAAUACGGGUUGGGGAGUGUCCAACAACAGUGUUUUGAUAUAGCUACCCGUACAUCCUCAGAUUUAUUGGAAAAUGUGCAAGGAUUCUGGGAUUUAUCACACGUUCACACCGCCACUAUAUUUCUACAGAGAUUAAAAUUAUUCGAAUCGGCCUCUAAAAAGGUUGGCAAACGUCUGACGGAAGUGGAGGCACACUGUAGUCUGUAUCAUAAAAACGAUCGAUGGGGAGAUAGUUUAUGUAACAAGUGUUUGGCGAGUGUUGGUAAAGUAGCCGCCGUGGAAUUAGCACAGUUGUAAAAUGUAUGACGUCAUAUUAAUAUAUACCUAAAGACCCAAAAACAAAAGACAGGGAGACGGCGAUGUUGCAAUUUAAAAUAGUGAGUGUUUUUGUGUUACCCUGAGGACCGUGAAAAUAUGACUGUUCACGCUUGUUGUCUGAGAUGAUUAUUCUCUCUGAAAAUGUUGAAUUAUAAAAUGCGAUGUUAUGUUGGGGAUGGGAGAUGGGAGGUUGGCGUAGAAUUCAAAAAUAGAUAUUGUCUAUGUCAAAAUAAUUGAAUGUCUGCAAUGUAAUACAAUAGAUUCAAGUUAAAACUUUGAGUAUGCAUUAUAAUUCAUUGUCGCUAGAUGGCCAUUCAAUAUUCAAAAAUAUAUUUAUGCAUAUAUUUAGUCGGUUUGCACGGGUUCCGGUUUAUAGAGCUCUGACCACGUUGGUUUUAGACCCAUACCUAUUCCUUCAGUUAAAUGAUGACGGUUUUCAGAAUAGACAGAUUCCGGAUUAUACAGGUUUUACUUACUACAUAUGUCGAACCAAACAAUGCACUCGGAAUAAUCAAGGAUCCGCAUUAGACAGGGAUUGGUUUUGACAAGUGAUACUUCAUUAGAUUUGUCAUGAAUGUGUUAUGGCGAUGUCUGCUGUAUAAAUUAUGCUGUUGAUGAUCUAAUCAGGUUAUUAUAAUUAUCAUAACAUCAAUUUGUUUCAUUAGCUGUUAAUAUCUUAAAUCAAUAUAUUUUGAGUUAAAAUAAUCGUAAUGGUUGUUAAGGGCCACGAUACCUUUUUACAUCUGAAUUUACACCUUAUUAGAAUUGUGUACAUCUGUCAGUCCUUGAUUUCUUUGAAAUGAAGCAUUAAAACAAAAACAUAAAUAGCGUAUUAUCUUAAUUUUGUGUUUUCCGUUAAAUCUUAUGACGUUUCUUAAUUAAUUUGCUUUGACACGGACAAAUUAAUCUAUUGGAUUUACUCUUUAGUGCCUUUUUCUGGCACUUAAAUACCGGUAUUCAUAAAAAAUAUAUAUACAUUUAUUUAUUAUUUCAUUAUCAGUAGUAUGCUUUUUGAGGAAUGGAAACUAUGAAAGAAGU